CAGCUGAAUGAAGGGUGUGAACACGGCGAGUGCUGGUGGACUGCGACGGCAAUGGAGCCGGCUGAGCUGGAAACCAGUGAGCUCAUUUUGGCUGCAUGGAGGGCGGGGCUCCCAGCAUCAUCAUCACCACCAGCCAUCACUGCUUCAUUGUACGGGGUGCUGCUGAUGCUGAGAUCAUAGCGGAGGUGGCGAUUUUUUUCUCCCCCCCCUUUUACCCCCCGAAAGAGGAACAUGUCAUGGACACGGUUUCACACAAAUUAGGAGUCCACACACGAUGAUUGCGAGCCCUUUUGUCUGAGAGGAGAAUGAGGAAGAGGAGGACCUGGAAAAUUUUGGGAGCGCCUUGGAAAGUUUUCGUGAAGUCUCAAUGAAAGCAUCAGAAGAGCCUCACUAGUAUUCGACUCAAUGGCCAAGAAAGGGCGUACGAAGGGCGAGAAGCCCGAAGCGCUCAUCUCUGCCCUGCAGGCAGCCAAUGAAGAUCUCAGGUCCAAACUGACUGACAUUCAGAUAGAGCUACACCAAGAAAAAUGCAAGGUGAGCAAGCUGGAACGCGACAAGGUGCAGGAGGUGAAGCGGGUGCGAGAGCAGGAGCAGCACCGUCACACUGCCAUGUUAACCGAGCAACGGGCCAAGUGGCAUGAGGAAAAGCAAAAGGAGCUCCAGGCCCUCAGGGAAAACCUGACAAGGCAGCAUGAGCAGGAGCUGGCCCGCCAUGCCAAAAUCAAAGACCAGGAGAACCAGAGGCUCAAAGCUGCAUUGAGCGCCAUUCGCGAUGGCAGCGGAGAGAAGGUGCGCACUGCACUGACCCUGGAAGCCAAAGAGGAGGCCCGACGCUUCUUUGAUCAGGAGAGGGUGAAGCUUUUGCAGGAGAUAAAUGAGCUAAAGGCCUCUAAGAAGCAGACCGACGAGGCUCUCAGCAACAUGAUCCAGGCUGACAAGAUGAAGGCUGGCGACCUGCGGGUGGAGCACCAGCAGCACCAGGAGCAGAUCUCUAAGAUUAAGUGGGAUUGUGAGAGGGACAUCCGCAGACUGGUGGAUGAAAUCAAGUCUAAAGACCGCACCAUCUUUGCUCUGGAGAAGGAACUGGAGUCAACGACUGGCUUCUUACAGAAGCUGCAGCUUCAGAAGGACGCCUUGGAUGAACAACUGUUCCUUGUCAAGGAGGCAGAGUGCGGUCUGGGAAGCCCAAAGAGAGAGAUUCCAGGCAGAGCUGGAGAUGGAGCUGAGCACUGUGGUAGUCCAGAUAUGAGGAGAAACCAGAGGCGCAUUGCUGAGCUCAACUCGACUAUACGCAAAUUAGAAGAUCGGAACUCACUGCUGGUUGAUGAGAGGAAUGAACUGCUGAAACGCGUUCGAGAGUCGGAGAAGCAAUGUAAGCCUCUGCUGGACAAGAACAAACUGCUGAGUAAGAGGAAUGAUGAUCUUACUCAGACUAUGCAGAAGCUGGAGGAGAAACUCAAGAGCCUGACCAAGGAGAACCUCGAGAUGAAGGAGAAGAUCAGCUCCCAUCCUCCAAUGAAGAAGCCGAAGUCUUUGAAUGACCUGGACCAAGCACACGAUGACCAGGAAAUAGCCUUUCUCAAGCUUCAAGUCCUGGAGCAACAAAGCAUAAUAGAUGAACUGACAAGAGACCGAGAAAAACUACUUAGGAAGAAAAGGCAUAAAAGAAGUUCAAGGCCAAUAAAGAGGCCCAUCGUAGUAGACACCUACUUUGGUUAUGAUGAAGAGUCUAUGGACUCGGAGACGUCCUCGGUGGCUUCGUUCCGGAUGGACAGAACUCCUGCUACUCCUGAUGAAGACAUGGAAGUGGGUCUAUCCAAUGAAGAGUCGGAGCUGCGUUUCCGUCAGCUGACCAGGGAGUAUCAGGCCUUGCAGCGAGCCUAUGCCCUACUGCAAGAACAGAAAGGAGGCAUUCUGGACGCUGAGAUGGAAGCAAAGGCUCAUGAGCAGCUCCAAGCUGACGUUCUCAGGUAUAAAGCCAAAAUAGAGGAUUUGGAGAAGGAACUGACCCUGAAGGGACAGGACUCCAAAUGGGUGGAGGAGAAGCAGCUCUUCUUACGAAGAAACCAGGAGCUUUUAGAAAAGGUGGAAAAGGUGGAGUCAGAAUGCAGUCAGCUGCAACAGGAGCUACAGGACUCCAAAGACCAGAAUGAACUGUUAGAGUUUAGGAUCUUGGAGUUAGAGGAGCGUGAGAGGAGGUCCCCACCAUUCAACCACCUAAGGAUGCAUCCCUUCUCUGAGGGCGUUAGUGCACUGCAAAUCUACUGUAUGAAGGAGGGGGUCAAGGACGUGUGCAUCCCAGAUCUCAUCAAACUUCUAGACAUCCUGGGAGACAAUGGGAACUUAAGAAAUGAAGAGCAAGUGGCCAUCAUUCAGGCUAGCACUGUUUUGUCACUAGCAGAAAAGUGGAUUCAGCAGAUUGAGGGCACCGAGGCAGCCCUGCACCAGAAGAUGAUGGACCUGGAGAUAGAGAUGGAGAUGUUCUGUAAACAGAAGGGAUAUCUAGAAGAGGAGCUGGACUACAGAAAACAGGCCUUGGACCAGGCCUACAUGCAAAUCCAGGAGUUGGAAGCAACGUUAUACAACGCCCUGCAGCAGGACAAGGUAAUAAAAUACGGUGAGCCUCUGGAUGAGCUCCAGAGGGACGAGCUGCGGACGGCAGUGGAGAAGCUGAGGAGGCAGAUGCUGAGGAAGAGUCGAGAGUACGACUGCCAGAUCCUCCAGGAGAGGAUGGAACUGCUGCACCAGGCGCACCAGAGAAUUCGUGACCUUGAAGACAAGACAGAGAUCCAGAGGAGGCAGAUUAAAGACCUGGAGGAAAAAGUGGUGUGUCAACUUGAAGAUCUUGUUUGUGACUACAGUGUUAUUUAUUUUCUGGGCAGGUGUGGAACAGUCUGUGUGGCAGUGGCCUCUAGUGUAAUAUCAGUGACUGCUGUUGGUAUAGGUGGAUGUGUCGUGUGUUGGCCAUGGACGUUCACACUUUGGAUUUGAUCUUUUUUUGUUUUUUUUUUAACCAUGGCAGUGGAGUUCUUAGGAUGCUGUUCAUGAUGACAUUUUUUCAGAGCUGGACAUUAAAGGACUCUCCCAACAGACUGGGAGAACAACAGAGAGACUGUAGAUGCAAACACACACCCACACACACCCACGCUUAGAGUUUAUGGACACGUGUGCAUGCAGAUGCAGACACGCAUGUACACACACAUGCUUUGACAAAUCCAAACCAAAGCCUGGAAAAUAUUCUCUCUGCUAUGCAGGGUAAUAUCAUUCACCACCAUUUAGCCACAGUGGGAAUAUAACAGACAGAAAAAGUCAUAGACAGAUAAACCGCCAGGCCACAACCUCUAUAUUUUUUCUCUUCUUUCCUUUCCAAACCUGAAAGGACGUUCUCCAUGAAUGCAACGUAUUGGUGACUAGAAGCGAGCAAACUCAGGGCCCAUGAGUGCAGAGGCCGUUUCAGGUCAGAUAAUAAUCAUGAAGACUUGGGACAUGGUGUGUCACCAGCUGGCUUGCCCUCUUUCUUCCCAGAAUGGUGCUUACACAAGACUGCUUGGACUCUCCAGAGGUUACGCCUGGACAAGAACAGAACUGCACGGCAGAGACUGGUGUGUACAGACACUAAAGGGGGAUACAGGACACUCAGGUUGACACAUCUUCACCGGAUGCACAUGAGUGAAGACUGAUUUAAAAAGAAAGACAAGAUUAGGAGAGACGUGACACUCUUAUCCGGCACCACUCAACCUGGAUCACCACAAAAACCAACGGAUUGUCAAACUGCUUCUUGAUUUGUCUUAAAAACCAGCAGACUGCAAGAGCUUUACUCACUGGUUAUCUUUUGUUCUCCUUCCUUUUUUACAGCUCCUACCACUCAGAUACUGU